AAUUUAACCUUCAACCCUUCACGGUACCUCUUCUUCCUCUUCGAAGACUCGCGGCUGUUCUCAGUUUUUCAGAGAAGCUCCAUCAAAUGGGAUACGUUCAGGAAGCUCGUGAGAAUCAUGUGAAGAAGAAAGUAGAAGAAGCUUUACGAAGUAAAAUGAAGCAGAAGGCGUUAAAAGAAUGUGAUCGUUUCACGUCCAAGUAUGCGGAAUGUGCUGCCGGGAAAAUGAUUUCGAUUGUGUGGCAGUGUCGCAAACAAGCUAAAGAGUUGAACAAUUGCCUUCAUCAAUAUACUAAUGACACAGUCUUGGAAGAAAUGAAAAGAGAAUAUAUGCUUCAGCAGGAUGGGAAGGAGGCUGCAAGAAUCUAAGCUCGACCUCCUUAGUGCAGCCAAUUAAUGAGAGCAUCCGGUGUAUGGAAAUUCACAAUGGAGCUCCGUUGUAUGGUUCUUUUCUCAUCAUUGGCAUGCUAAUAAAAGGUUCCUGUCAUUUACCAUUAACUGGUUAUGUGUCCACUGAUAUACAAGCUACAUUUCUCUUAUCAUUUGUGAAAAUUUUCCUUUUUCCCUGUUCGUGGGACAUAAUUCGAAUAUAUAUGGUACACAUUUUCUUUA